CGAGGCGGGAGGCGGGGCCGCGACCCUGCAGCCGGGGUGGGGCGAAUCCCGUCCCGGCGGGGUGCCCCGGGCUGGGGCCGAGUUCCAGGCCCACAGUCCCAGUCCGGGUCGCGCCGCCCUCUUGAGCUUCGCGGCCCGCGCUGGGAGCGGGCCUUGCGCUCUCGCCUUGCCCCUGGGCGGGCCGGGCACCCGGGCCCUGCACCUUUGGCUGCCUGAGGAGAGCUGCUGGCUUUGGUCGCCGCCUAGUAGGAUAUUUCUUGAAGAUAAAGCAGAAAUCUUUGGAAUAGAUGGAUUUUUGUCACUUUCUGUGAACUAAAGCGAUUCAAUGUCUCUUUUGGAUUGUUUCUGCACUUCCCGAACACAAGUUGAAUCACUCAGAUCUGAAAAACAGUCUGAAACCAGUACCCAUCAAAACUUGGUUGAUGAGCCAUCCCUUUCCUUGUUGCCUCUAUCCACCAGAGCCAGUGAAGUGAUCUGUUCCACCAACGUUUCUCACUAUGAACUCCAAGUGGAAAUAGGAAGAGGAUUUGACAACUUGACUUCUGUCCAUCUUGCACGACAUACUCCUACAGGAACACUGGUCACUGUAAAAAUUACAAAUUUGGAAAACUGCACUGAAGAACGCCUGAAAGCUUUACAGAAAGCAGUGAUUCUAUCCCACUUUUUCCGGCAUCCUAAUAUUACAACUUAUUGGACUGUUUUCACUGUUGGCAGCUGGCUUUGGGUUAUUUCUCCUUUUAUGGCAUAUGGUUCAGCAAGUCAACUCUUGAGGACUUACUUUCCUGAUGGAAUGAGUGAAACUUUAAUAAGAAACAUUCUUUUUGGAGCAGUGAGAGGGUUGAACUAUCUGCACCAAAAUGGCUGUAUUCACAGGAGUAUUAAAGCCAGCCAUAUCCUCAUUUCUGGUGAUGGCCUAGUGACCCUCUCUGGCCUGUCCCAUCUGCAUAGUUUGGUUAAGCAUGGACAGAGGCAUAGGGCUGUGUAUGAUUUCCCACAGUUCAGCACAUCAGUGCAGCCGUGGCUGAGUCCAGAACUACUGAGACAGGAUUUACAUGGAUAUAAUGUAAAAUCAGAUAUUUACAGCGUUGGGAUAACAGCAUGUGAAUUGGCCAGUGGGCAGGUACCUUUCCAGGACAUGCACAGGACUCAGAUGUUGUUACAGAAACUGAAAGGUCCUCCUUAUAGCCCAUUGGAUAUCAUCAGUAUUUUCCCUCAAUCAGAAUCCAGAAUGAAAAAUUCUCGAUCAGGUGUAGACUCUGGGAUUGGAGAAAGUGUACAUGUCUCCAGUGGAACUCGCACAGUAAAUAGUGACAGACUACAAACACCAUCCUCGAAAACAUUCUCUCCUGCCUUUCUUAGCUUGGUACAGCUCUGUUUGCAACAAGAUCCUGAGAAAAGGCCAUCAGCAAGCAGUUUAUUGUCCCAUGUUUUCUUCAAACAGAGUUCUCUUAUGGCACAGUGGAUUAAGGACCAGUGUUGUUGCUACUUUGGUGCAGGGGGUUCAGUUCCUGGCCCGGAAACUUUCACAUGCCCCAGAUGAAAGAAGAAAGCCAGAGUUCAAUACUUUCACUGUUGCCUCCUGCUUAUCGCAAGCCAUCAAUAGCACUGCCUCCAGUGUCACCUUGGACUGAGCCGGAAUGUGAUUUUCCUGAUGAAAAAGACUUAAACUGGGAAUUCUAGGGCUGCCAAAUCCUUUUAUGUCCUUUAUACUUGACAUUUUCUCCCUGCUGCUUUUUCUUCUGUAUUGCUAGGUACAAAUACUAGAAUUAUACUUGAAAAUACAGUUGGUGCACUGGAGAAUCUGUCAUUUAAAACCACUCUGUUCAAAGGAGCGUGAGUUUGUAGCUCCUUUCGUUAGUUCAGAGUGCUAUUAUAACUCCAGGGAAACUUUGGAAUUAUGAUGUAAGUGCAUUUUGUGACAUCUUUUCUCAGUUUUUUUCCCCCGAAGCUGUGACUUCUGUUUGAUCUCUUAAUGUAAUUUUUGAGCCAGUUACUUUUUUCAGCGUUUUGCUGCCCUCAGGGGAAUGAGUCCUCAGAGGACAGAGCUUCCAAGUACAUUUUUUACUUCCAGAUUCUCUAGCCUUUUUGAUCAGCUGUUGUUACACCAACAGGCUAGUUUAUCCUGGCAUCAAACCCUUUUUUGGUAGAAAGGAAAAUGUUUAUAUGGUCCCAUUUUAUUCUGUUAAUCCUUAUGGUAAUAUCAAACUGAGCCUCACAUUAAAUGAUUCACUUGAAAAUACAUAGAGAAGGUGUAAUUUGCUUUUUUUAUUUUUAAAAGGCUGAAGUAACACUUUUCUACUUAUGUAAAUUAUAGAUCCUAAAUUCACGCACCCUGUGGGAAUUCAAUAAAGAUUUAUUGAAUUGAG